AUGGUGUACAAGUCGGGCCUUGCACCAGUAGACGACAUCGGAACCCAGCUUUACUACGAAGACACCGGACCUCCUACCAAGGACUCCACCGAGGCAUACACCACUCUGUUCCUGAUCCAUGGUGCAGUCUUCCAUAGCGCCAUCUUCCGCCGCCUGCACCCCCACGCACUGCAUCACAACCUCCGCAUCGUCGCGCUUAACCGGCGUGGCUAUCCCAGCUCCACCCCAUACACCCACUCGGAACUCGAAGCUCUGCGGGGGCAAGAUAAGGACGCGCAGGCGACCCGGCUGCGCGCCCUGGCUCUGCAGAUUGCGUCCUUCGUCCACUGGUUCGUCCAGACGGAGAAGAUAGGGCAGGCCGCCGUCCUGGCGUGGUCCGCGGGCAACGUCUUCGCGCUGGCUAUGCUCGCGCACGCGCAUACCUUCCCGCCAGAAAUAGCGGGAACCAUCGAACAACACUGCCGGUGUAUCAUCCUAUAUGACUGCCCCCAAUUCGUGUGCGAGCUCUCCUACGGCCGCACCCACCCGAUGUGGGAUCCCACCCUUCCCCCGUCCAAACUGGUCCCCACCCUCUACUCACUCAUGUCCGGCUACUUCUCGCACCCGUCUCCUCACUCCAGGAAUGCCAGCGGCCUCACCCUGACCCGGAACCCGUCCAAAACCCCUAGCAUCGACCGCAUGACCCCCGCCGAGCUCGCAAGUGUUAGCCACUGCUCGCCGCUGGACAGCCCGGACGUGCUGCUGACAAGGCUGCAGCCCGGGGUAAGGGUGGAGAAUUUGGUUGGGGCGCUCAGGGUAAGUGAGAGUGUGUGGCCGGACGUGCAGAUUAAGUUGGUACCCUGCAUGGAGAGCGCGUGGGAGAUGCUCACUGCGCGCUGGGAGAUCGAGAGGCGGCAUGAAGAGCUCAGGGCGGGCGGGGUGCCCGUCCGGACACUCAGCGUGCACGAGCAGUGUGGUGCUAACCACUUCGCGCAUUGGGAUAUCCCAGAAGAAACGAUGCAGUUCUUAGCAAAUGUGAUACGAUCGUAA